GAGAUUACUGGAUAUGGGCGUUUCCCAACCUUCAGCCGGAUAUCGAUUACUCCAUGGUGGUGCAGUCGGGACCAAAUGGUUUUGCCUGCUUUAACAAGGGACAGAACUCCUUCUUUGCAGAAGACCCAUCACAGCCAUUAGGCUUUGCGGAUCCGUUCCUGGCCGAUUAUCUUAUUCACUCAGCGCAGCAGCUAGCUUUGCCACAUCUGCUAAAGUCGUUCCUUGAGAACCAAUCCAGUUUGUUGCUCUCCUCCGUGGUUGAGAAGAACUAUGACGCCGAGUUCACCACCCUCCAGAUGCCUGGACUGGAUCUUCUUUUGCUAAUUGACCGGUCUACAUUCCUCCCAUUCGCGGUCCGGGCCCCGGAGAAUCAUCUCAUCUUCGGCCCUUCCACCAGCGACAUGAUCUUUUUCAACUAUACAAAUGUUUCGUUCGACGGCCAUCAUAUGAGAUUUCCCCAUCGAAUUCAGACGCUGUACAAUACUGUCUCGGUUAUUGAGGACUUCGUCAUUGACGAGCUCACGGUGAAUCCCAAAUUUGAGGCAGAUUUCUUCUCGCCAUCAAAUUCGACCAUCAGCCACAUGGACCCACGUUCUAGUUCAGACUACCCAAGGUCUGAAGUUCAUGAGUUUUUUGAAACGGGACUCUGGGGUGGUCCAUUCCCAGAGCAAUUCAACUCUUCAAGUGUUCAAAUUGCACCAGUGUUCCAUAACGGCUCCACACCUGAAAUUAUGAAUUUGUUCGUUGGCUAUCCUGACUACAUUCAAAUGCUGGUCGAAAUGGAAGAUGGUAUUAUCAUUACAGACGCUCCUGCAUUCCGAUCCAGGAUUGUUGUCGAAUGGGUGAAGAAGAACAUGGGAGGCAAAAAGAUUACGCACGUUGUGCCCUCCCACCAUCAUCGUGACCACGCCGGCGGAGUCGGUGACAUAUUGGCAGCUGGUGCGGCGCUGGUGAUACCCGAGGUCGCAAAGCCGCUCUAUGCAAAUGUCAACGGAGGAGACUUCAAGGUGAUCACAUACAAUGAGGAAAAGCCCUUUAUUCUCAAAGACCGUAAGGUACAGUUUGCAUCGUUCUGGCACCCAAGAGCUGCACACGCCGAAGACUGGGUGUUUUCUGUCGCUGCGCCGGCGUGUUGGACAGAUGCCAGCUCUGGAUUCGCUCUUUUCAAUGCAGACGUCGUCAGCCCCGGCUCUGGUCCGGCAGCAAGGUGGGACACUGGAUAUGCCCGGGGCUUUCUUCUUGACGCCAUUGCCGAUGGCAUCCCGAAAAGCGCCACUCUGAUCGGAGCCCACGGAUCAAGUGAAAUUGGACUCGGUACCCAAGAUUCACUGGCACACGUUGCAGAGCUCGCUGGCGUGCCAUAUCCUGACCCAAAUACCACUGGACAGCAUAAGUGGUGCUAUUAAGGACAUAUGAACACCUAGUGUUUCUGAAAUACAUUUAGUAGGUUUGGAAUUUGACUGGGUCAGAUCUGUUUGAG